GGGCGACGCAUUGCAAAAGUGCAGCAGCGUGGCGGUGGCAGCAGGUUGGCUGGCGCAAAGAGCUCACCAGUGGCCGAGUGCUGGCACCUCCUACGGCCCGCUGGGCCCUCAGACCGAGCUGCAGCUCACCCUGACAGCAGCAGCCGGCGAGCGGGGCGCUCAGACGGCCAUGCAGUGAGGGACGGCACACCAAGCCGCAGCCGCCCACCAUGGACCUCGCUGGGGAGGGCAGCAGCGGGGACAACACCAACAAUGCAGCCGCUAGCAGCUCCGGAGCCACCGACUGUGGCCUGUUUUCUCCCUCGGGGCUCAAGGUGCUGGUGGUAGAUGACGAUCCGAUGUGCUUGAAAGUGGUGUCGGCCAUGCUGCAGCGGUGCAACUACGAAGUUGACACGCGGACCAGCGGGCAGGACGCGCUGCUGCUGCUGCGGGACCGGCAGGAGCACAACCACCAGUUUGACCUGGUGCUGUCGGACGUCUACAUGCCAGACAUGGACGGCUUCAAGCUGCUGGAGCACAUCGGGCUGGAGCUGGACCUGCCGGUCAUCAUGAUGUCCUCCAACGGCGACACCGACGUCGUGCUGCGCGGCGUGACGCACGGCGCCGUCGACUUCCUCAUCAAGCCUGUGCGGGUGGAGGAGCUGCGCAACGUGUGGCAGCACGUGGUGCGACGCCGCUCGCUGCACGUCGGCCGCGCCUCGGACGAGCACUCGGGGCUGGACCUGGAGCAGCACCAGCACCACCACGGCGUGAAGCGCAAGGAGGUGGAGGCGCUGCAGGUGCAGCACGAGACGCAGGGGGCCAACAAGAAGCCGCGGGUGGUGUGGAGUGUGGAGAUGCACCAGCAGUUUGUGGAUGCCGUGAAUCAGCUGGGCGUGGACAAGGCUGUGCCCAAGCGCAUCCUGGACCUGAUGAAUGUGGAGGGUCUGACGCGUGAGAAUGUGGCCAGCCACCUUCAGAAGUACCGCCUGUACCUCAAGCGCGCGCAGGGCCUGCAGAGCGGCAAGGGCUCCAAGGGGCACAAGGCGGCACAGGAGGCGGCCAUGCUGGACCCGCAGGCGGCGGCGGCGGCGGCGGCGGUGGCCGCCGGCGCAGGCCCCUCCUCCGUCUUUGCCCAGGUGGCCGCGCAGCAGGCGGCGAUGGGCGGCGGCGCGGGCCUGGGGCAGCCAGGCAUGGCGCAGGCGGGGAUGCCGGUGAUGGGCAUGCCGGGGGC